AUGUUGCUGUUUGGUGGUCCUCAACUACUUCGGUUGUCCUGUGAUAGAUGUCACAAACGAAAGCAACGAUGUACUCGUACCUCAGCCAAUGAUGAAAAUCCAUGUCGACGAUGCAAAGAAGCUGGCGAGAAGUGUGUCUUUAGUCCUCCUCUCCGCCUAGGACGGCCGAGCAAACGGCAGAAGCAGGAAAGCAAGCAGGAGGAAGCCAAAUACAGAGGCCAGGAGAGUAGCUUCAUGGCUGUUCCCAACCAAGACCUCUCAAGAACGAUUACAACGGUAUCGAUGUCGACGACGACGACGGCAACAACAAGUCAAGACGAGAAUACUUCAACGAUGGACACGGCCUCGAUCUUCUCCGUGGACAACGUUGCCGACAAAGCAAAUUCUCCGACUGCAGAGCCUCACAGGAUGGCCUGUACCGCAACUCCCAUGAACCAAAGCCUCGUUUCCACGCCUUUUGAUGUCUGGCCACUGUCUCUUGACCACUAUCCAGAUCCAACAAUGUCUGUGGCGACACCCGGCCUCUUCGGUAGUCAAUGCAACAACUAUCACGACGAGGCGUGGUCAGAUCUCCUCGAUGACAAAGCAACCUCAGAGCCACCGGCCUCUUCACACAUGGAUCCAUUGGAUCCCUCGCUCAUGGUGUUGCCCGGAGCCGCUGGUAGUGAUUCCGCAAUAGGAUCAAUAGACCACUGCCCAUCCGAGCUGGCCGAUCCCCCCAUCAUGGACCCGAUAUCACUGCUGUCUCAGAUCCAACUGAAACUUCACGGAAUUCAAACUCGGAGGCCACCCCAAGCAGCAGAGCUCCGUGUCAUCAUGAACCAGACCGUCCAGGUUGCCCAGAAGUUCAUCGAGGUCUUGAACCAAAUACUACCACCCCGUACGGCCGAAUCCAGCCCAGUAGCGACACAUCAGAGGCAACACACACCUCACGCACCGUCAGUUGGCGAUGCAUCCAUAUCAUCUGCCGAAGACCCGUCAUUCCACGUUGAAUGGGCUACGUUUGGCAUGAAGCAACCUAAACGGCAACAACAAGCAGCUCAACAGCAGCAGCAAUACAGUUCUACCGGUACAGUCGACACUGUGGAGAUCAGGUUGGCUCUCAUCUGCUACAUCCAAAUCCUGCGAAGCUACAAGAACCUAGUACACAUGCUAGUCAACUCGAUGGCGACAACCGAGACACAGCACUUCGAGCUAUCCGACUUUGUUCCCGUUCAAAUUGGCACUCUGCAUACAGUAGUAAGCCCUCGCCUACAGAUUGCCUUGCUCGUACAGUUGAUUUCUCAGCAUACGGAAGAGAUCCGCCAUAAAAUCCGGCUGUUAGCUGCACGAAUCAACGAGGCGCGUCCGAACAUGGAUCAGAGUCACCCUGGAGCUUUCAUAAGCAACAUUAUCGGCAAGGACAUCCGCGGAGAGGAGGAGGACCUUCGAGAUGGAUUGGAUUUGAUUUCGGAGAGGCUCAAGAUGCACUCCCAGUUUCCAGACCACCGGACACUUGAUCGAUGA